GAGGAAGGACUAUAAAAUCAAUUUCCUCUAGCCCUGGACGGCAGAUCUUCUCUCUUUCCCUUUUGGAACCAGCUUGGAAGGCAGGAGAAGGAGACAGCAGCAGCGGAAUGGUAGGAAAUAGGCUUAUGCUCCUGGAGAAAUCAAGGUUUAUCAGCGUGUCCAAUCAGCCAGAGAUCUGCUGAGCACUCAGGAGAGUGCUGAGAGGUGGAAGACACAGUCCCGGACAUCAGAGAGCACAAAAUCUCAUUAAAGCACAAGGCUUUCUUCACGCCCAGUGUUUUCCUGGUGAUGUCAACUGAAAAAUAUGCCAGCCUCACAUGACUCUGAACAGAGGGAAGGGAGUUGCACCCUGAGUUAAGGAAAAGUUUCAGAUGAAAAUAUAACUCUGUUUACCAGCAUUGGGCCAUUUGAGUGAGGAAGAUCCAAAAUGACAUUCCAGCGCACAGAAAUGCUCCUCAGUUGGACCUGUUCAUUGCUUUCCCCGCUCACAUCUGGCGAGUGUCACUGGACCCUAGCACGAGAGAAUAAUGCCACUUUCAGCAUUUUGAUCAGCUGCAGUACUGGAGCAAUUGAGAUGGUGCCAAGUUCGGGAAGCUAUGCGAAUGCUGUGGUUACAGAAUGCAGAGCAGCCUGGGCGCCCAACAUGGUUGCUGAGCACCCAGAGGAUGCACUCAGAGAAGAUGAAAGGUGGAUGCUCACAAUUUGGAAAUGAGAGCUUGAAUGAAGAAUUGAGAAGGCAAGUCUGUGGUCCACAUACACAUUCCCAGAGAAAGUCAGCACCCAGAGAUUAGUAUCACUGAGAAAUCUACGCACAAGUGCUCUCUCUGCUGAGAGACAAACCAAGACGUUGCUGCUCUGCUCAGCGUAGACCAAGAAGACAUGAAAUCCCUAAUGGAAGGAAACUUAGAAGAUUGCCUGCUGAAUAAGGUGGACUUGAGGCGCCAGUGGAUUUCCCAGAUGGUGGAAGAGGUGCAGAAAAUUGUCCAUCAUCUGACCACAGAAAUCAGCUACCAAGACAUUCGAUUUCAAGCCGUCCUUUACUCUGACACGUACAAUGAGAACAUUAAGGUUUUGGCCCCCACCCAGCUCCUCAUCACAGUCCCGAUGAGAGGCCUGGCCGGGUACAGGGAGGCCCGGCAGCAGCGCUGGCGCUACUACACCCUGCAGGGCGCCCGGCUGCCCUGCCCCCUGCGGGACCCAGAGGGCCUGCAGCAGUGGCUGGAGGUGGAGCAGUUUCUGAAGAGCCUGUGGCAGUGGCAUGAGGCAGAUGUGAACAUUGAUGGAGACAUUGUGCCCGCCAAGGUCCUCCAGGUGUUCCGGAAACUGGUCGAAAACGCAAUUGAAACCUGUCACCUGUCAGGUAAGGUCAGCAUGCUAAUGGACCGCCCUGCAGUUCGAGUUGCCGUGGAAACCUCCACAGGUCGGGUGGAACUAGAGCUGACCCCCUCAGUGGAGAUCCCCACCGCCUGGUCCAAGAAAGCCCGGUGGCCUUCGUGUCUGAAGCGCUGGCCUUCUGCAGAGAGAGUGCAGUGCAUCAAGUCAUUUGGGUUUAGCUUGUUGGCCUGUUCAAACUAUCACUGGCAGCUGAGCUUCUUGCGGGCUGAACAUUUGCUGCUGGAGCAGCUGGAUGAAGACGGGGGCUGCCGCAGGAAGUGUCUUCAGGCCAUGAGGCAGAUGAAGGAGGACGUCUGGUGUCCAGGGAAAAGACCUGUGAUCACAUCCUACCACCUUCAGACAGUGCUCUUCUGGACUUGUGAGAAGUAUCCCCACCCAAAGGACUGGCGGGUCUUCAGCAGAGCGUUCGUGCGCCUGGUGAGGAAGCUGCACAAGUGCGUGAGCCAGCGCUUUCUGAAACACUACUUCGUGCGGAAGAGCAACCUCCUGCGGUAUGCCAAUUCAGGCGAGCUGGGGGCCCUGGCCCAGAAGCUGGCCUUCUUCCUGAAGAACCCCCAGAUCAGCCUGCCCUGAUGCUGCCCUGCGUGGGAUGCUCUUGGACAUUUCAUUCAAGCUUGACCUCACUCUCUGUGGAUCGUUCCUCAGUCAGAGGCCAGGAUCCUGCCCAGGAGAGAAGCAACGGAUGGCAGAGGAAAAUUCCAUCAACCCAGCAGCACUUCAGGGGGGAAAACUGUGCCCCAAGAUGUCUGGUCCAGGCCUCCCUGCAGCCAAGCAAGCAUUUCUGCCCCCACUAGCUACCUCUUUGGGAGACAGCUCUCAUCAAGCUUCCCCGAGCCAUAGUUUCCGAACUGAUGGCAGUUCUGAAUUUAUUUUCCCUUGCUCAGGCUCUGGUUGUCUGUCAGGGAGGAUGUAGAGAGAACCCCCGGAAGGCCAGGCGUCAGCCUGCUGCCCACGAGUGGUUCUCCAGCCCACUGACCACGGGCUCAUUAUUUUUCCAUUUGUAAAAUGGGACUGUUGAUAUGCCUCCCUCAGAGCAGGGCUGCGAGCUUACGGACUGUGCUGCUGCCCUUUCAAGGGGAAGGUGCUGGAUCAACACAAAGUGUUACUCGUUGGUUUAGUGGCUGGUGUUUGCAUUCAGGAUCAGUAUCUACACCACUGAUUAAAUGAUUACGUCUGAUGGGUUAGCAUGCCUGUGUUGCCCGUGUGCCCUCCAGUUCUCCUAAACUGUGGUUCAGGCUUGUGGAUCUGCCUGCUUCCCUGGUGUUCUCUAAGAAGGGAGGAGUGGUUUUGAUGACUGGUGCAGUCAAAGAUGAGAGUGCAGCAACCCCAGUGACUGCGCUUCCUUGCUUCCCAUGCCGUGGGUCAGGGAUGAGACAUCCUUCUAUUUAUGGAAUGAACUUGGUACUGUGAUCUGCAUUGAAUGACUUUGGUGUCACUCACCUCUCAGUUCCUUCCUUUGCUCACUUAGUGGUUCACUUCCUCAUUCAUUGAUAAAUAUAUACGCAUUAGGUACUGGGGAUGCAGCAAAAGCAAGAUGGACAAGGACUUACCUGAUGCAGAUGAUGCCUAAUGGUAAAGACAGGAAAUGAACAACAGAUAUACACACUUGAUUGUUACAAGUUGUAGCAAGUGGCCUGAAGAAAAUAAACAGAAUAUUGAAAGAGAGCCACAGAGAGAUCCUUGAAGGAUGAAAAUGCAAACAGCUGAAAGGGAAGAAAAGAGGGCCAAGGGCAGACUUAGAGGGGCUGGCAUGAGCCAGAUCACUUGGCCUUGUAAACCUGGUAAGGAAUUUGUAUUUUACCUUAAAAUCAGAUGUGUGAUAUUUGACCUCUCCAGAAGCAGAAGGGUAUUAUGAUUUGAUUUGCAUUUUAAAUGCCCAUUCUGGCAACUGUGUAAAGGGGGUCUGCAGACCCACACGAGGAUGGGGACACUGAAGGCCCUUGAGCCCACUCAUUUUGAAUUUCACUGAGGUCCUCAAGGCCACACAUCCUGUGACACACACACACCAGGAAUUCUAGGAGCUCUCGGGAGAUCCAUAGUUUCUUCUGGCACUUAUUUACGCUUCUCAAUUCAAGGGAAUCCUUUAUUACUUAGAACAUUUUCCCCAGAUAAAUAAUUUCUAAAAGCAAGAACUGCUGAUUCUUUUUAAAAUAAAAGUCACAUAUGAA